CACAAUUUAUAAAUGGUUGUUCAACACCUGAACCGGCGACAUUGUCUCAUUGUUUCCGACGACCUUGUUCAAUCUUGAUUCCCUUUGACCUGUGUAACCCAAACCUGCAUAAAUCUCGGCCCACGGAAUCACUUCAUUCAAGAUUUUUGGUGUGGUACUGAACCGAUCUUGGUGCUAAAGCACCUCGCCACGUUUUGUCGGUGUUAGCGAAUCCGUCAGGCAUUGAAUACAUGAAAUAUGAGCAUGUGUAUGCGUGCAGGUGUUCGUAUUUGGGUCGGGCCGUUAAGCUGUCAAGUCUGCUGGAGGCCACUCACAAAUUAGCAGUAAAUUAGAAACCUAUUUUGAAUAACCUGCUCCUGGAGAAGAUCGUAAGGAAAUGCGGUUGCACAUACUCGUCGCAGUCGGCCUUUUUUGUCAAGGGCUGGCCGUCCUGGGCGAAGACGUCGAAGUGGUCGAGGCCGUUCCCGGCUCCGAGGAGACCAAAGAGCACAGCAACGAAGACAACGACACGAACCCGGACCAACUCGCCCUCGAGUCCCUGGGCGAGCAGGACCAGCCCCCCAAGAAACUAGCCUAUAACGGCCCGCCACGCGGGCCCAUCAACCUCCCGCCCCGGAACAACCAGCACUACCCCCACAAGCCCUUCAAGAACAACAAGCCGCUCUACGACAACAAAAACGCCUACAAUGGCCCCCCACCACCUCCCCCGAAGCAAGCCAUGGACAAGUACGGCACCUCCGGGGGGGACAUCUGGCCCGCCCCUGUGCCCGACAUGCCCAAGAUCAUCUCGCUCGACGUCAAGUGCGAGAAAAACCUUAUGAAGGUCUACAUCGGGUUCGAUAAACCCUUCUACGGGAUUGUCUUCAGUAAAGGGCACUAUAGCAACGUCCACUGCGUCCACCUCCCGGCUGGCCUUGGCCGCACCUCCGCCCACUUCGAAAUCGGGAUCCACGCCUGUGGCACCUCCGGGAACACCGAAAACGGGCUCUACGGCUACGGGGCCGAGUCGGGUUCCGGCACCUACUUCGAAAACAUCAUCGUGAUCCAGUACGACCCCCAGGUGCAGGAGGUCUGGGACCAGGCCAGGAAACUGCGCUGCACGUGGCACGACCAAUACGAAAAAUCAGUCACUUUCCGGCCGUUCCCUGUGGAUAUGCUGGACGUGGUCAGGACGGACUUUGCGGGUGAUAACGUCGGCUGCUGGAUGCAAAUCCAGGUCGGGAAGGGUCCAUGGGCUAGUGAGGUCUCCGGUUUAGUCAAGAUCGGGCAGACCAUGACCAUGGUCCUUGCCAUAAAGGACGACGACAGUAAAUUUGAUAUGUUGGUACGCAAUUGCAUGGCACAUGAUGGGAAGAGGGCACCCAUUCAGCUCGUCGAUCAAAAGGGGUGCGUCACGCGGCCUAAACUUAUGUCCAGGUUCACCAAAAUCAAGAAUUUCGGGGCUUCGGCCUCAGUGUUGUCCUAUGCGCAUUUCCAGGCUUUCAAGUUCCCGGAUAGUAUGGAGGUCCACUUCCAGUGCACCAUCCAGAUUUGCCGGUACCAGUGCCCGGACCAGUGCUCGGAAUCGAACAACGUGGGCCUGAACGGCAUCCUUGAACUGGCGCACAGCGCGCCCGACGCGGGCUACGGCCCGCCGCCCCCGCCGCCGCUCCCCAUCGAGGCGUACUUGCACGGGGGGCGGCCGCGCGACGAGCGCAGGGUGCGGCGGUCGGUGAAGAGCGACCCGGAGAAGGAAGUGGGCCUGAAUCGGGUCAUUCGAGUGGUUUCCACCGGCGACUUGACCUUCUCCCUCGACGAUAACAACAACACCACCACCAUGGUGUUCCCCGCCAAGGAGGAGCUGUCCGGUCCGGGCCUGAUCUGCAUGACCACGCCCGGGUUCGCGGCCACGCUGGUGGUGCUCCUGGGCAUUCUGAUCAUUUCGUGCCUGAUGUCAGCCUUCCUCUGUGUGCGACUGAGGCCCAAAGCGGCGGGACAUGCGAAAAAAGCGACGACCAAAAGCUGUUUCUACUCGUAAGACGCUCAAUGGCUAGAUUAAGGGCUACAAGCGUGGUCAUGGGACCAAAGCUUUAUUAAUCACUCAGAGGCGAACGGUACGAAUUAAUGAAGCUUUGGGUCGGAAGUUGUGAUCAGGCAUUGUAUCCGACACGUGUAGUUGUAAGGUUACCUUGAAAUUGUUUUUGGAUUUUUUGACUAAAUCACUCGUACGGCAAGUGUAUAGAAUGUGAUGUAAAUACAAUAGUUUGAGAUUUUUGCGGACGGUCGUGGUCGGUUUUGGUUCUAGAAUAAAAAAUUUUAGCCCUAGGUCUAGGUUAGGUAUUUAUUUUAUUUAUUUAUUUAUUUAUCCAAAAGACAAUCAUUGCAGUAUGUACCUGUAUAGAAAUAGUUUGUCGAAAUUGUGUAUUGGUGUUUCAAGCAAAAUGUAUUACAUUCUAGCGAAAUAAAACAACUAUUUUUGUAUAUA